AUGAAGCAAAUCUGGGAGGAGGGCUUUAAGGCGUACGUUCGUCAAUGGUGGAAUUGGCUCGAUUUUAUAAUGCUCACACUUUUUCUCACCACGGUUGGCCUUCGUGUUGUGGGGCUAAUUCUCCGCAAAACAGGACGCUAUGGUUUCGAAUUAACCGGUCGAGAAAACUGGCCACCAGAUGAUCCAACCCUCCUGGCUGAAGCAUUCUUUGCCAUUGCUCAUAUCUUCUCUUUUGCUAGAAUCAUUUUCCUAUUCCAGGUUAAUGAACAAUUGGGGCCCCUCCAGAUCUCCUUGGGAAAUAUGCUCAUCGAUAUAACCAAAUUCUUGUUUAUAUUCCUCCUUGUAAUCACCUCGUUUGCCUGUGGUCUUCAUCAGCUCUAUUACUACUACUUCUCAGAGGACAAUGAUAUGCGACCGGCAGCAUUUUCAUCAUCACAAAUUGAGGAGAAUGAUCAUUAA